AUGGCGGUCAAGGUCUGCGGGUACCCCGACGACACGGCUGUCUACGUCCGGUCCCCAGAGGACGUGGCCGAGGUCAUGCAGGCUCUGGCGCGGUUUGGCGAGGCUUCUGUGCUUAAGAUCAAUGCCGCGAAGGCUAUGGCUGUGCCGCUUUUUGACGGUGCAACCAUCGACCCGGAGCUGCUGCACGACGUUCUACUGCUGCAAGCUGGGGAGCGGUGCCGGUAUCUGGGCGUGCUCAUUGGAGAGGGGAGUACGGUCAAGGACAGCUGGGACGCGUGUCUCGUCGCGCUGAACUCGCGGCUAGCGCGGGCCCGAAGGAAGACGAAUACAGUCCGGAGUCGAGCUGCUACAGCGGCGGUGAUCGUCAUCCCCAAGGCGUUUGACCCGGGCAUGGAUGAGCGACGCGCGGGCGAAGAUGCGUGUGUGCGAAGUGGCGCGAACGGUCCGGCGCAGAUCGCGGACGACAUCCUGCUGGCAGAGCGAGCUGGCGUCGAUGAGUACCUGACCCCGGCGCGGCGGGAUGCGUCUUUGGGGGACUUCACGGUCGCGGAAAUCAUGUGGAAGAUCGAAGAGGAAGUGGUGUGCGGAGUGCGCGGCGACCCGAUCGACUCUACGAAUGCCGGAUAUGUGGCCGUAGCAGCGUCACUGCUCCGGCUGCAUCUGUACGCUGCGAACUGGGACGGCGACUGCAUGCAGGUUGACGCCAAUAGUGAUGCUAUGCGCAUCAUCACGCAGGUGUCGAGAGGGAGAAGACUCUUGCGUGGGCCGUUCUGCCACGAGUGGAUAGACCGCGUGGGGCUCGACACGCGGCAAUGGCUGAUCGACAGCAGUGGGAAGCCUGCGAACAUCAGUCUGCUGCGACGUAAUGACACGUGGGGCACGCUUCGCGACCUCCUUAGCUGCACGUGGAUAAGGAACGGCUUGAUCAAAUUCAAACUGCGGCGGUCCCGCACCCCGUCGGUGCGACGGGCGGUGUCGGAUCUGUGGAAGGCGAUGGUGUGCAACUAUCCCGAGCUCCUAAUCCGGCCGCACACGACGAUGCACUUGCGGCCGAUCGGCGCAGGCGCGUAG